AUGUUUGUCGUCGUUCCUGCUCCAGUCUCGAGUCCCGUCUCAUCGCCGGCUCUUUCGCCUGUCACUGUUCCAACUCCAGUUUUGAGUCCCGGCCCUUCUCUGACAGGUACUCCACCACCCAACACUCCUAACACUCCAACAUGUCCCCCUACUCCAACAUUCUCCCCCACUCCAGCAACUCUCACCACCCCCACUCCAGCAACUCUCACCACCCCCUCACCUCUCCCGCCUGAUACAACCGAUCUUGUCUUUGAGCGAGCAGUCGACACACUGGACGACGCUUGCAGAGAGCGUCUCCUCCGUCCCGCGGCCGAAUACGAUGCCGAGAUCCUUCGCAUCAACAGCGACACCAGGAAAAAACAGUCGGCAGACAACACAAAGUAUGAUGGACUCAGAAGCCGAUACCGGAGUCAACUUGCCAGGAAACCACAAGAACUGGCUGCCAUUCUUUUGAUGACCAAUACUCAGGCCGACAACGCAGCCGCCCGCAUCAAGUCAAUUUCUAGUCGUCGCAAGACCGUCGCCCUUGGGAUACGUCGCCGGGCCACCGAGGCCGUCAACGAAUACCGUGCUCAUCGCCUUGUCUCUCUUCGCUCGGAUUUGGAGAUCAGGCUGACCAGGAAAGCAGAGGACUAUCGAUUGAGGGUGCAACAGCUGGAAUCCUCCCAAGCCAGGAAACUGCAACAGCAGAAAGAAACAGAGGCACUCCAUCAACAACACCAAGCCAGGAGACUGCAGCAGAAAGAGGAAAAGGAAGCACUCCGUCAACAACACCAAGCCAGGAGACUGCAGCAGAAAAAGGACAAGGAAGCACUCCGUCAACAACACCGCUUGGUCGUCGCUCGCCUAAAAGAGAUCCUAUCCAGCCUCAAGGAAACGAAACCACGAUACAAACCAGCCUUUGACACAGAUGCUAGCUUUCCUUUGCAAGAACGCCAUCAAGUUCAACCACCGCCUGUACCAGGACCCCCGACCACACAGAUCGGCCCCUUUUGCCUGUCUCCAGUAGAGGCGGCGUCCAUGCGCGUAGUUCAGGACACACACGUCGACAACUCCACCCCUCGCGUCCUGUACUCUGACGGAUCUCUUCUGAACUCGGGAACGCUAGAAGUAUCCCAGGCCUUUGGAGUGGUGGAUCUCACUCAGGACAACCCUCUGACAGUACAAGGACGAACGGACGGUCACGCAUCCUCGGCUAAGGCCGAGCUCAUGGGCUUAUUAGCCGCAGUCCUGUCAGCACCACCGGAACAGGACAUUGUGGUCAAGCUGGACAAUCAGUCAGUGGUGGAUCAGUAUAGUCGCCUGGUGAAGAAUCGUCGGGACACCUUACCGAGGAAGCGAUUCAGGAGUACAUAUGCGGGUAUCUGGGCGGUGCUUUGUCAGGUUGUGGAAUCUCGGCCAGGCGGGGUUGAGGUGGUGUGGAUCAAAGGUCACAGCAACAUCCACGGAAACGAACUUGCGGAUCAGGCGGCGAAGGUGGCAGCACAGAGUGGUUCAGUGCCCUGGAUGGUGGAUCUCACUCAACAGACGGAUAUCACGACCUUUGCACAUUGUUACGGCGGGAUUGUUGAAAUCGAUCUACGUCAGCUCCUCAAACAACAAUCGACAAUCCGUCACCAUCAGGCCUGGACGUCACAGAGGCGGGUCAAGAGGGCGAUCCCUGACAUCGAGGACGUGGAAUGGAACUCGACCUUGGCUUAUGUCCACGACAGGCACGCAGUCUUCACCUUUUACAGCAACAGCAAGGACUCCCAUCAAAGAACACAUCACAUCAAAAAGCUGCAUGGAAUGCUGCCCACUCUGAACUCCAUGCAGGCUCGCAAGCCCAACCUGUACCCAACAUGCGUGUGCCGACGAUGCGAGCUCGAGAAGGAGGAUAACGAUCACGUCUGGAAAUGCCCUUCGGCAGCUGAGACCACCACUGAGAUCUGGAAGGAGGCCAUGGGCAAGAUUAAUGAGUGGGGUGUGCAGGCGACAAACAGCUACAACGCAGCCAGGAAGCGGGAAUACAAACGCGCGGUGGACAGAGGUCGUCAGGUACCGAGGCCAGUACCCAUACACUGGUGGCCCCCUUCGGAUGCAGAUCAUGUACGAGGAUUUUCCUCCAUCGGUGGAGCUCGAGCCGUGCACAGCGGUAGUCCAGCUCUCGAUCGAGACGAGAAACCGAUGUGGAAUGUGUCGGAUCUCCUCCGCGGCAUCACCCCCUUGAGCAUGUUGACUGAAUGGUCCGCGGUCUUCCGGACCCCAAUGUCCAUCGCCAAGACAGUCCUUCACAAGUUUGUUGGCUACCUGGAGGCGCAGGCCCGGAGCUGA